AGUAACUUAUAAAAAAGCCCAAAUACUUUGUAGCGUAAUAUUAAGCUAAAGCGGGUGCACUGUACCCUCAUUCCUCUCGAAUCGAAACAAACACAUCGAAGUAAAACGACGACUCCUUCUGCGUUUCGUCCUUCGCUUCGAACUUCUUCGUCUUCAAACCUGACCAUGGCUAGUAAAUCCGAAGAUCGCAAGGAGCCAGUAAAUGAACAGGCAGUUGCAAAUAUGUACGCAGCUAUGAGGUCAGACCUCAACCAAAUUUACACCAAAAUAACUGAACUGGAAAUGGAAGUUAGCGAGCACUCGUUGGUUCUUAAUGCCAUUCAGCCGCUUGACCAAUCUAGACGAUGCUAUCGAAUGAUCGGAGGGGUGCUUGUGGAAAGAACAAUCAAAGAGGUCUUGCCUGCUGUGCAGCGAAAUAAAGAAGGACUUGAAGAGGUUGUUACAAGGCUUAAUGAGACACUGGAAAAGAAGAAAAAGGAAAUUGCUGAGUUUGAGACUAAAUAUAAAAUCAGGAUGAGGAAAGCCGACGCCGAGGUGAACGAUGAAUCCGGUAAGAAGGAAGGUUCUGCUCAAGGAGUACUUGUGGGCCCUGCAGGUGGUGGUGAAUGAAAUUUCUAGUCUUAUUGGGUUUCCUGAAAUGAAUGGCAUGAAAUUUUCUGCCCUCUCUUACAGUUUUUGGCUGUGGCUGUACGAUGGUUGUUUUUGUAGAGGAAUUAGUCUAAAACUUGAUAUGAUCUUCAUUUUAAUUGCUUUCAGCUGAAGUAAACUUAUCUUCAAUGGUUCAAGAUUCAAAUACUGGUGUAGAUAUACACUAAAACAUAUAAUGAUAUUAUCUAGAUUAUAUUGUGAUGUAGAA